AUGUCUUCAACCAACUACAAUAUCCCAUCAGCAUCGGAGAUAACGAAGCUAUACAUCAACGGCGAAUACGUCGAGCCCAAGGCGGGGAAAACAUACACUCUCUACAACCCAGCCGACGACUCAGCUAUAUCCGACAGAAUUCCCAUCGCGGAAGUAGCCGAUGUCGAUGCUGCCGUCGAUGCCGCCGAAAGCGCGUUCAAUGGACCCUGGGGCCAAUUCACGGGUGCCCAGCGAUCGGCGUGUUUGCGAAAACUAGCAGAUCUUCUCGAAGAUGAUGACCGAUUGAUCAAAUUACUGACACUUGAUGCGCAAAGUACCGGGAAUCCUGUUUCAAUCAUUCCGACACGCGAAAAGACCUAUAUAUUGGGGCAUCUAUUAUACUAUGCUGGAUGGACUGAUAAGCUUCGCGGCGACUACUAUCCCGCCGAUGAUGGUUUCGUCAAGCUUGUUCGUCAGGAACCUCUGGGUGUUUGCGUCGGCAUCAACCCAUUCAACGCCCCGAUCGCGACUCUUUUCAUGAAAGCCGCGCCUUGCCUAGCAACAGGAAAUGUGUUGAUUCUUAAACCAUCGGAACAAAGUCCACUAGGAUCACUGGCCAUCGCACCACUAUUCGAGGCCGCGGGUAUUCCGAAGGGCGUGUUCCAGGUACUUACUGGGGCUGGUGAUACGGGCGCAUUGCUGGCCAAGCAUAUGAGAGUUCGCAAGAUAAGCUUCACCGGAAGUAUACCCACCGGAAAGAAGAUUCAAAUUGCAGCCGCGCAGAGUAAUCUCAAACGCGUCACUCUGGAGCUGGGUGGUAAAAGCCCAGCAUUGGUAUUUGAGGAUGCAGAUCUGGAAAAUGCCCUCACUUGGACUGUCAACGCCAUCCUCGCUCGCUCCGGGCAAGUCUGCGUCGCAGCAUCUCGAGUCUACGUCCAACAAUCUAUCGCGAAGGAGUUUAUCGAAAAGUACACAGAGCGUAUGCGAGCAGCUGUUGAUAAGAUCGGCGAUCCCCUAGACAAAGCGACCGUGAUGGGACCCCUGGUGAACAAGACCGCACUCGAGAGAGUCAGCAAAAUGAUUGAAAGGGGGAAGAAUGAAGCAGAGCUUGUUGUUGGAGGCAUACGACAUGGAGAACAAGGCUGUUUCGUCGAACCCACUGUCUUUCUGAAUCCACAAAAAGGAGCCCAGAUAUACAGCGACGAGAUAUUCGGUCCCGUCGCUGUUGUUAAGACGUUUGAGACGGAAGAAGAAGUGUUGAAGAUGGCGAAUGAUACUGAGUACGGAUUGAUGUCGGGGGUUUUCACCAAGGAUAUUAAUCGUGCUAUGAGGGUUUCUGCGAAGCUGGAAUCUGGAGUUGUGGGGGUAAAUUGCGUUAGUUACAUGAAUGUUCAGGUUCCUUUCGGUGGGAAGAAGCAAUCUGGGCUGGGAAGGGAAUAUGGAGAAUACGCACUGCGUGCAUUCACAGAGCCGAAGACUGUACUUAUCAAAUUUUCCAAAAACUUUGCUUGUAUCUCGAGUCGACCGACCCCCAGUCUGCUACUCAUGGCGUUGAGCAAAGAAGACAGGCACGUCAGUGCGUUGAAUCUGGCGAUCGUUUUCGCUCUCUGCCUCGGUAGUUUGACUUACGGUUAUUGCUUCAGCAUUGUGUCAACAACGCUUGGUCAGCCAUCCUUCUUCGAAUAUUUUGACUUGACCCAGAAUACCACGGCUCCACAUUAUGCCUACACAAAUCGCAUUAUUGGGGGACUGAAUGGAUGCUUCUCGGGUGGUGGCUUUCUAGGGUCCAUAUUUGGUGGAUGGGCCUGUGAUUAUUUAGGCCGCCGGAAGACACUUCUAGUAGCGACACCGAUUGCCAUCGUUGGAGGUGCCUUGCAAGGUGGUGCAGCCCACCUUGCCAUGCUUCUGCUGGGUCGAGUUCUCGGCGGCUUCGCAGUUGGUAUCUUGAUGGUGCUUAUUCCUUUGUUUCAGUGCGAAAUAUCGCCUCCUGCCACUCGUGGAUUCUUAGUUUCCCAGCAUGGUGUUGUGCUUGUCUUCGGGUACUCUGCAGCCGCUUGGGUUGGAUUUGGUUCUUUCUACUCCACCAAUCCGGCUUUUCAAUGGCGCUUUCCGCUUUGUCUUCAAUGCUUAUGGCCAUUGGCUAUGCUCUGUCUCACACCUUGGAUACCUGAAUCUCCACGCUGGUUGCUGAUGCAAAACCGACCCCAGGAUGCUUGGAAAGUGAUACAGAAGCUCCAUGAGAGUGGCAAAGAUUCUUCUCGGGAUUCAUUUGCCAAAGAAGAGUUUUAUCAAAUGACCCAACAGGUAAAUGCCGAUCAAGAAAUGGCUCGCGGUGAGAGUGUUAAGACACUAUUCACGAAGCGGUCUUAUCGUAAGCGGAUGUUCUGCGCAUUCAUGACGAUGUUCGCAUCGGAGUCGACUGGAAUUUUGGUAGUUUACAACUAUAGCGUACUACUCUAUGAAGGACUUGGAUUUAACAACGAGAUAUCUCUGCUCCUGGCUGCAGCAUAUGUAACGGUCGCUUGUAUCGGAAAUUUCAUCAACUCCAUUCUCAUUGAUAGAGUUGGAAGAGUGAAGCUAUUAGUCUUCGGAAUAACUGGCUGUCUCAUUAGCUUGAUAUUCGAGGCCACGCUGUCAGCUGUUUACAUAGGAACCUCCAAGUCCUCUGGUCUCAGAGCUGGUGUCUUUUUUCUCUUUCUUUACAUUACUUUCUAUGGGUGCUGCAUCGAUGCAAGUACAUAUGUCUAUUGCACAGAAAUCUUCCCAACUCAUAUUCGUUCUCGGGGAAUGGCAUGGUCGCUAGCAAUUCUCUUCGCAUCGACCAUUGCUUAUUUGAUUCCCGCGCCAACUGCCUUCGCUGAAGUGGGAUGGAAGUACUAUCUUUUAUUCAUCCUUCUAUCCGUGAUCAAUAUACCGCUGAUGUGGUUCUACUUCCCUGAAACCAAGGGCCUUGCACUCGAGGAAAUAGGUGAGAAAUUUGGCGACAAAGUAGUUAUUCACCUUGCUAGUCUUACCGUUGAGCGAAAGGAGGGUAUACAUAUUCAAGACGAAAGUAGGAGAAAUUACUGA